GUGUUAUGUGUAUGAUCCAAUAUCAAAAUGUCUCUAAACCUUUUCUUAUCAAAUCUUAGUUAACAUCACUUCUUUCCAUGUCUCUCCCUCUCAUAACCUUAUUUAAAUGGACACUCACCUAGAAUUCUUUUCCACAACAGCUUCACACUAACCUUAGAACCUCAAAAACUUGUCACAAAUAUGACAAGAAAAUCUAUUGUAUGUUCCUUUCUUCUUGGGGUAUCUUGUUUCAUUGUAAUUGGUGUUUAUGGUGAGAAUAUGCUUUCUAGGACAAUUUCUAAGGGAAACUAUCAUGAUGCAAUACGUGGAUUGCAUUCAUUUAAGACAUCUUUAACAAGACAUGACUCCAUUGCUUCAACAACUUCAUCAUCCUUCUCACCUUCUCCUUCUUCUCAGCCAACUGAGGGUAUGAACAAUCCAAAAGAAUACCAUGUGACAUCUUAUGGUGCAGACCCAACAGGGACUUCAGAUAGCACAGAUGCAAUACUUGCAGCCAUAGCAGAUGCAGCAAAUGGUCUAAGUGAAGAACAUUUGAUGGAAGGCAUAAGAAACCUUGGAGGUGCACAGAUCAAUCUUGAAGGUGGAAAUUACUUGAUCAGCAGGUCAAUCAAGUUGCCGGAAGCCGGUGUUGGAAACCUCAUGAUACAUGGUGGAACAAUAAAAGCCUCAGAUAAUUUUCCUGAAGAAGGGUACAUUAUUGAUUUAUCACCCUCAUCAAAUUCAUCUUCAUCAUCCUACAAUUUUGAGUACAUAACUCUGAAAGACCUGUUAUUGGAUUCAAAGUAUAGAGGAGGAGGAAUUUCAGUAAUAAAUUCAGUUAGAACAAACAUAGAGAAUUGUUACAUUACACAUUUCACAACAAAUGGAAUAUUAGUAAAAAGUGGACAUGAAACAUACAUCAGAAACUCAUUCAUUGGUCAGCAUAUUACAGCCGGCGGCGAUCAACAAGAAAGAAACUUCACAGGCAUAGGAAUAAACCUUCAAGGUAAUGAUAAUGCUGUCACAGAUGUUGUGAUUUUCUCUGCUGAUAUUGGAAUCUUGGUUACUGGUCAAGCCAACACAUUUUCUGGUAUACAUUGUUACAAUAAAGCCACUGGUUUUGGUGGCACUGGAAUUUAUUUGCAACUUCCUGGUUUAACUCAAACAAGGAUUGUGAAUUCUUAUAUGGAUUACACAAGCAUUGUUGCUGAAGAUCCUGUUCAACUUCAUAUUUCAAGUACCUUCUUCCUUGGUGAUGCUAAUAUUGUCUUCAAAUCUAUCCAUGGUGUUGUUAACGGUGUUACUAUUGUUGAUAACAUGUUCUCUGGUUCAAAUCAAGGUGUUGAAAUUGUUCAUUUGGAUGAAUCAAAUAACAGUAAUUUUCAUGAAAUAGAUCAAGUUGUUGUUGAUAGGAACAUUGUAAGGGGAAUGAAAUUAAAGGCUACAGUUGCAAAAAUGAGUAUGGAAGGGAAUGGAAGUUUAUGGAAUGUUGAUUUUAAUAACAUUCUUAUAUUUCCUAAUCUUAUUAAAAAUGUUCAGUACUCAUUAAGUUCUGUAGGAACUACUUUUCCUAAUCAUGCUUUGAGGAAUGUUUCGGAUAAUAAAGUUGUGAUUCAAACCAAUGAAGCUGUUGUUGCUAAUGUUUUUGUCACGGUGGAUCAAAGCGGGGUGAGUUGAAGAAGUUUUCAUUUCUGAGUGAAGAGGCAAAAUGUGCAUCAGCUUAGAGUAAAUUUAGCAUUAUACUAAACAUUGUCAUAGGUUUUUAAGAAGAUUUAGAUUUUAUUGAAUCAUCACAAACUGUUGUGUAAGUGAUGGUUAAGUAUUUGAUAGAAGAUAUAGAUUUUCAACAGCUUGGUUCAUAAAACUGGACCUAGGUUGAAUUGCAUCUAUUUGAAAAAAUAGUUUUAUAAAAUUUGAAUAUGAUGUUAUUUAUUCACAUAAGAUGGCUAAUAUGAAUAAUUCAAAUAAUUACUUAUUGAAA